AUGGCAAACAAAUUUCUCGUCUCCUUCAAGGAGAUGUUUUCUUCCAAGGGCUCAAAGAUCACACAACAGCAGGACUAUCUUUAUGGGCUUCGCGGAGUACUGGCCAUUGAGAGCUUCCUCUGGCUGUUCCUCAAGACCUUUGUCCCAGCAGUGGUCACGAAUGAGGUGUCAGGUCCUGCACACCAAGUCAUCGUUCGCAAAGUAUUCUCGGUGCUCUUCUGGAAUGAGAGCUUGAUAUCUUCUUUCUUCAUCAUACUCUCAGCACGCUCUAUCUGCAUUGGUUUUCUGCANGAGCCGACCGCCAAAGCGUUCGCUCGCUCGUUGGUCACUCGCCCUCUACGCAUUGGCAUUCCUCUCGCUUUUGCUUUGGCCUUUUCGAUCUCGAUCUUCUCCUCCAUCAACACAGUCUACAUUGAUGUAGCUGCACAAGCUCUGAAGAACCCCAGUCUCGCGGCACCAGCCAUGCCAUCUACCGCUCUAGCGUCUUUCAACACAAUCUGGGAUGUCCUCUGGAUUGUUCGCGAUUUUGGAAAACAAAUGGCGAAUCAAGUCUUCCCUGGUGCAACGAUGUGGGCACCUUCGUUGAUAUACUCUCAAAGCUAUACAACAUACAUCGCGAUGGUCAUCCUUCCGUUCACACGGGCUUCCUGGCACGUCCAAGCAAUCGCGAUCUUUAGCAUCGGAUCGUUUUGGUUCAACUCGUGGGGCUGGUAUUCGGCAGCUGGUCUUUUCGUCGCCGAUGUAUCCCAGAACCAUGACCUAGACACACGUUUGGGCAGAGGUAUCAAGAUCAAUGAGAGCGUCAGCUUUCCCUAUUGGAUACUUGCCAUCUUGUCUGUCGUCGUAGGCGUCGUCCUCAAAUACAUUUGGGUAGCCGCACUUCCUCAGCAACUUCGAGCAGAACUCGUUCUGCAUCCUAGCCUUCAUCUCACUCAAGGCUUGACCACUCACAACUUCAACACGGAUCAAGCUUAUGCUCGAUUGGACGACUACCUGAUCGUGGUCGGUAUUUUGUUCCUCUUCGAGAUGUCGAGCCGGAUGAGAUCAAUCUUCUCGUCCAAAUUGUUAGUUCAAAUUGGGAAACGAUCACUCAGUAAGUCUCAGGACCGAUCUCUCGUCAUUUCUACCAUCCUGACCGGGUUUCAGGUNAUCUAUGUCGCUCAAUCUUUGAUGCUCUACGUUGUUAGUCUUCGGGUCUUCGUUGCUCUCCAUGUUGUCAAGCAUAUGUCUGUGGCCUCUGCAAAUACUGUGGCUUUCGUCUCUUAUCUCGGGUUGACGGUUGCAUUCGCAGAAGCGUUUUACUGGACUAUUGAAAGAUCAUCAAUUUGGUUUGCCAGACACUUCUUCGAGUGGAGCAGAACUUGA